AGACAUAUACUCUCACACGCUGUCUUUCCGCCGGGUGAUGUUCAUCUUGAAUAGGAGGAGUCUGCGUUUUACCCUUUGGCACACGGGCGAAAAGAACACUUUCAGGGUCGCUACACUGAGGUGAAGAUGAUGACUAGAGUGGUGGGGAGAGAGAAAGAGUGGGGUAGUAUUUGAAGGUUAACACCGUCAGCCUGGUUGGGAGUCCACACCCAUUGAACAGCGGAUACCCCUCCACCUGUGUUUUUGUCUCUUCAACCUCAGCACCUUUGCAGUGCGUUGUGAACCUGACUUGAUGAUGCGCUCUCGACGGCGGGCAAUAUCUGCGGAUCCAAGGAUGGAUAAAAAUGCUUAGUAACUGGAAUAGCAGGUGCAGGAAAGAGCGUCCAAACAUCAAGCCGACUAGACACUCUUUGUACAGUACCGAGGUCUGAUGUUCGAAACAUGGAAAAACAAUCGUUUAUAACGGCGUUAAGCUUGUCUAUGAGUGUUUUGUCAUUAUUGUUAUUGGUCACUGCUAUCUUCACUGACCACUGGUACGAGACAGAUACCAGAAGGCAUAAAGAAAACUGUGACCGGUAUGGAUCGGAUUCAAACGACCAGAAAAACCGAGACAUGCCAAUCUACCACCUGCCAUUGGUGGAUAACGGAAACUCCAAACGGAAUCUAGCGCUUAUGAAGCCUAUCCAUGUCGGGAGUCGAGAAGAGGAACUGCUUGAGAACUGGAGGGCAAUUCUGGGGAUGGGAAUUUUGGAGACGGAAUGUGGGCGUCCGUUAUUCUCUACAUAUUCUGGGCUCUGGAGAAAAUGUUUUUUCGAAGGCAUGGACCGUGAUAUCGACAAACUCAUAUCAAAGGGUAUAGCAGAUCGAUGCACAACUGUCAAGUACCAUUUUUCACAGCCAAUACGGCUCAGAAACAUCCCUCUUAACCUGACAAGGACCAUUCAGCAAGACGAAUGGCAUCUUUUACAUCUGCGGCGGAUCACGGCAGGGUUCCUGGGAAUGGCAGCGGCCGUGUUGCUGUGUGGAAGCAUCGUGGCCACAGUGGGAUUCUUCUGGGAGGAGAGCCUCACCCAGCAUGUCUCUGGCCUACUCUUUCUCAUGGCAGGCAUCUUUUGCACCAUCUCCCUGUGUACCUAUGCGGCCAGCGUCUCUUACGACCUCUCCAGGAACCCGCCUUUCAUCUACGGCCUUCCCAGGGAUGUGGACCACGGCUACGGAUGGUCUAUCUUCUGUGCCUGGGCUAGUCUGGGCCUCACUGUGGCAUCGGGCUGCGUCUGCACCACCUAUCCCUUUCUCAGCAGAGCCAAGGCCCUGCGCUCCAAAACCGCCCGUGAGUCCUCUGUGUGAGCUCCCCCUAUGGUCCUGGUGGAGGAACUAUGUGCAUUGUUGGUUACAACACGAACAAACGGUCGCUUACUUGUGUUUUUAUGAUGCGCUCAGAUGCCUAAUGGAAACAUAAUGUGUCGCAGUCGAGAGAUGGGGGAUUGAGUUUUUAUCAUGGAUUGAGUUUUGGUUCACUCUCCAUUCACUUCUUGAGGUGUUAUGCAAAGUGACGGUGUAAUGACUUGUCGUUUGUUUGUUGUAAGUCUGUAUUUGCUCAGACACACACACACACACACACACACAGUGUCUUGCUCUUUUAUAUAGACACAUGCACACAUACACACACUACCCAAGCACACACUACAUUGGCACAACAAAAGAAGAUGCAGGAUAACCACAGGUGUCAGAUACAUAAAUAUUUGUAUCCACAACAUAUCUAACCACUUAUUUGAAAUUAUUAAAACAUAUGAAUUGAUAUUGGCUGUUUUGUAAGACUUUGCAUUGCAUAGGAACUCAAAUUCACCUUUGGGGAAAAUUGAAUCAGUUGCCUGAUCAUGGGGUGCAUGAUCAUUGCUAUAGAUUCAGAAAAGAUCAAUCCUAUAAAUCUCCUCUCAACUGAGGCAAACUACAAUCCUGACUAUACAAAUGUGUGUGAGACUGUUACAUUGAUGAUGUUUAUAUCACGUGCAUUACUACAGUAUUGGAGGACCACAGUUAUUUCUGCCUUUGGCUCUCAAAUACAGUGGGCCAUUUCUAUGGGCACCUGGAACUGUUACCGAUUUAGAACACAUAGUUGUUGAUGUUUUACUAUUUGCUUAUGAACAUAAUCAGAUCUUGGUUUAAAAGUGAACCCAAAAAUAUCAACAUUAUGAAUGUUCAGAGGGAUGUUAAUCAUGCAUUCAAAAGUUUUUUCCCCCAAAUAAAGAGGAUGGUUAUACACCACUGGAACGGGAAUGAAAUCAUAGGAAUACACUGGAGAAAAGGCCAAGGAAACGUAACACUCUGGAAUGUGUGACAGACAUUUAUGGAUUAUCCAAACACUUUUUCCUGGCACACGCAGUGAAUGAAGAGGGCACGGGAGGUCCUGAUUGUGCCAAUGCUCCAUAUUGCACGAGAGGAACGUGUGACUGUGGCGGCGGUGCAAACUUGAUGGCCUCUGUAACCACCCACACUGUUAGAGGUGUCACUCUUUAGGUGGUACCUGACUGACACUAUGUAUGCUGGGUUGCGAUCCGGGCAGCGUUCGUGGCAAACCCCUCUGAAUUAUUAAGUAUUGUCAUCCUACGUAAUAUUGAAUUGUAAAUUAAAAAACAAUCGACAACCUGUGUC